AUGGAGUCUGAGAAACAGGCGCUGGGACCAGAGCAUCCUAACACUCUGAUCAACAUGGCCAAUCUGACUUAUACUUUGAAAUCUCUCCAAGACAUUCAGGCCGCCAUAGCUCUUAUGGAGAAAUGUGUUGAGUUCCGCUACAAAGUCUUAGGCCCUGAUCAUGCGGAUUUUGUGUCUUCCUCCGAAGCCCUUAGGACCUGGGAAGCAGAGACGAAAGGCUCAUCUACAAAACAUACACCAGAAGAUGGCUCUUUUCUAGUUGACCACAGUCAGAUACCAAAUCGAACCCCAUCGGAUGAGAUUGCUGUCACAGGGACUAGACGGCGAGCUUUUAUGAACCUUUUUCGGAAACGAUAA